AUGACCAUCGACGCUCUGUUCCACAGAGCCCGGCGGCGUCGAGCCCGUCCGACCGGCGCGCGGCUGCCCAUCAAGUCCUCCGCGCUGCUCGCAGCGCUGCUCUUCGCCAUGGACGGCCUCGACGGCAAGACACGCGGCAACCCGUACUGCCACAACUCGGCGUCGUUCCUGGGCGUGGGCAACACCCAGUGCCUGCACGAGAACCUGCGCACGGCCGUGUUCCUGCUGGCGGUGAUCGUCGCCGUGUCCAUCGGCGUGGACCGGCUUAUCCACUACAUCCGCACCGCCAUCAAGUGUCCGCAGCUCCGCAAGAUCGUGAACCGAAUCUUCGAGGAGGUGAUGAUCCUCGGCUUCUUGUCCAUGGUAAUCUUCACGCUCAACACGAGCGGAGCAUUGAAGUCGCUCGCGCUCAACAAUCUCACAGCCUCGGAGCAGCUCCACUUCUACGAGUUCUUCCACUACGUCGUGUUUCUCACCAUGAUCUACUUCAUCAUCAUCGUGCUGCUGCUGCUGUUCAUCGGUACCGUGGUGCCCAAGCUCAUCUGGGAGAUCAAGAAGCACCCGAACGAGCGCCGAGAGAGCAUCAGCGACAUCCACGACGAUACCUACGACCCUCAAUACCCCAGCGUUGGUGGAAGCAUGAGCGACCGUGACGACUGUGGAGGUAGUCGCCGUAUGCGGCACUCCUUCAUCCGAGACGCCUCCUCGUUGGCCCGCGACCUCAACCCGCACAGCUCGGGCAGCAGCUUCAUCGACGAUGGAGAUCGCACUCUUGACACGCCGUCCGACGACUACUACGUCGCGAUGCGCGCCCGCCAACGCUCUGAGGGGGACGGGGUGUACCGCACGAUGGCCAUGAGGACGAGAGCGCUGUCUGGCAUGGACCUCGUCUUGGGAUCGAGGGCGUACAGUUUGCUACUCCAGAGAUACCAGCGCGAAGGCUGGGGCUUCCACUACAACAUUCGCAAGCAGUGGAACCUCUGGAAGAGCUUUGAGAUCCUCGCGUACAAUAUCUGCCAGAACAGGAGCGGAUACAUCUACAAGAACCCGUUCGAGAUGGAGCGGCUAUUUGGUGUCCGACCGUCAGCCCCUGCCCAUGACGAGAACCGGAUGACGUACGCCAAGUACCAUGUACUCUGCAUGCGCAACCUGCUGUUCCACAUGACCAACAUCCAUCCAAGCGGGUUCCUCAUUCUCCUGGUAAUCUGUCUGCUGCCUUCCAUCUUCCCUGAGCAAGAUCACUGGAUCUUCAUCGGCGUGGGAGCUUCGCUGCUGCUCGUGAACGUCGUCAUCUUCUUCAAAGUGCUGAAGAUAUUGCGCGGCAUCGUCGACGAUCGCCUACGGGUCAUUACGAUGAGAGACAUCCAGGCGCGACUUGACAAGGCUCGUCGCAAGAAAGGACCGAUGAAGUUCAAGGUGGCUGCGCUCGCUGUUCGUGCUACGAUCCGAAUGCAGAUGUCAGCGCUUUGCCACCGACAACUACACCACCACGAUGAUCGGUUCUGGUUCAACAGUCCGAAGCUGCUGCUGCGAAUGUUUCAAUUUGCCACCAUCGGACAAGCCUUCUACCUGGUGUGGCUCUCGCUCGUGGAGAUUAGCAGCCUCACGAAUGCUUCGUCUUCAAAUGGUGGUGGAUCAGCUCUCCUGGCAGUUAUGGUGAUCUUCCCAGCGCUGUCACUCAUCGUAAUCACACCACUCACGAUGCCAAGCCUUGUCUUGGUCAUGAGUCUCACCGGCAUUUUCGUGGAUCUCAACGUGAGCAACGUCGAAGAGGGAGUGAAGCACCACAACGUAACUCAAGAAGAGGUGAAGACGCACAUGCGAAUCAUGCGUCGUUCGUUCCUGAAGAGCCACUACUCGGAAGGAGCGGGAUAUCAACCACCACCUGCGACGCUGCCACUUGGUCCUGCUGCUCCAGACGAUCUACCCGACCCAAUUCCCGAUCAGCGAGACUCCGUGGCGUCACCGACGAGUGUAUUCCUUCGCAUCUACGACUCCCCAGCAGCUGCCGUCAACGCUAGACGCAGUGGAUCUCUGUUCUUUCCGCCAAACAAUAACCACUCGAUCGGCCGCAACAACUCGCUGGGUCGCAAUAAUUCGCUAGGUCGCAACAACCCUCUCAGUCGGUGGAGAGGCCACAGCAAAUCUGUUGGAAACAUUGGAAGUACGUCGGAUUCUCAGGAUGACGGUGGGUAUGGCAGCUCUCGGCGUGCUUUCAAUCUCGCGGCAUUCCAAUCCAUGGGUGGAGUUCUUCCUGCGACUCCUUCGGGUGCCACGGCGAACAACAUCGAUAACCAAGCAGCUCAAUCAGCGUCAUCGUUCAGCAGCAGCGCUGGCAGUAUGUGCAGAAGCCCUCGACCCUCUCGAAUGGAGAUCAAUACUCCUGGACCCACAAUGAACUGGAGCCAAGCCAACGUGGAUCCAAAUGUGGAUAUCGGCAACAACAACGCCGACGCGGACAUUGAGCAGGAAAACGACCAGGAACAGAUUCCAAGCCCUGUGUCUGCAACCUUCAAGAGCUACUGCUCUAAAUAUGGCGGUUACCCGGACUUGUAA